UCCCUUCCAUCAUCUCUUCCACUCUCCUUCUUUAUCUCUCCAAUCAGCAUAUUCUCGUGCCCGCCGUUUUUAGGGUUUUUGCUUCCGAGCUAGGGUUUUGGCCGGCGGCAAUGGGCAGCAACAACAAGGACAGCUUUAACGUCGCCGAUCUCGGCUCCGCAUUGAACGCGGAGGAUAGAGCUGGCCUUGUUAAUGCCUUAAAGGAUAAGCUUCAGGAUCUCGCUGGCAAGCACUCCGAUGUGCUCGAGAAUCUUUCACCUGAUGUGAGGAAACGCGUCGACACACUUAGGGAUAUUCAGGCGCAACAUGAUGAAUUGGAGUCAAAAUUUUUUGAGGAGAGAGCAGUACUUGAAGCCAAAUACCAGAAGCUGUAUCAGCCUCUUUAUACAAAGAGAUUUGAAAUCGUGAAUGGUGACGUAGAAGUUGAAGGGGGCGCAACUGAGAAGACAGACGAAGAGGAGAAGGGUGUUCCUGAUUUCUGGCUUACUGCGAUGAAAAAUAAUGAAGUUCUUGCAGAAGAGAUUUCUGAGCGUGACGAGGGAGCUUUGAAAUUCCUCAAAGAUAUUAAAUGGUUUAGAAUAGAGAAUCCGAAGGGCUUCAAGCUAGAGUUCUAUUUUGACACUGCCAAUCCAUACUUCAAGAAUGCGGUUCUGACAAAAACUUACCAUAUGAUUGACGAAGAUGAACCUAUCUUGGAGAAAGCAAUUGGGACGGAGAUUGAAUGGCUUCCAGGAAAAUGUCUGACCCAAAAAAUUCUUAAGAAGAAACCAAAGAAAGGAUCCAAAAAUACCAAACCGAUCACUAAAACCGAACAAUGUGAGAGUUUCUUCAACUUCUUCAGUCCUCCACAGGUUCCCGAUGACGAUGAUGAUAUUGAUGAAGAAGCUGCCGAAGAGCUCCAAAAUCUGAUGGAACAUGAUUAUGACAUUGGGUCUACUAUUCGUGAUAAAAUUAUUCCUCAUGCGGUAUCAUGGUUCACGGGAGAGGCUGCACAGGAUGAGUAUGGGGAUAUUGAUGACGAUGAAGAUGAUAUUGAUGAAGACGACGAGGAAGAUGAGGACGAGGACGAUGAAGAAGACGAGGACGACGAUGAUGAGGACGAUGAAGAAGAAACCAAGACCAGGAAAAAGAAAACUGGAAGGGCACCGGCUGGUGAGGGUCCGCAAGGCGAGAGGCCUCCAGAGUGCAAGCAACAGUAGUUUUUCAUCAUCCCAGCUGCUUGAUUUGCUCUCGAGCUACAUUUUGUGUGGGAAUCUUUCGUUCAUGUGUGUUCUGCAUCGACCAUAUGCUCGUGUAUCUACAAACAUCUUCCAUUUCCCCUCCAAUUUUCUCUUCUUUUAGGUGAAAAGUUAUUUAUUAGUUUUCCUUGGAGAGUGAUUGAGGUUAGAAUGUCUUUGAACUUGUCCACUGCUUGAUCUGGUCUCCUUAUUGAAUGGUUUUGGUCUCCCUAUUGAAUCUUGAGAUAUAUUAUUUAUUUAUAAUUUUAGUCUU